CCUCCUCAGUGUCGCCGCUCGCUGUAUCUGGCUGGAGAGAUGCAGAAAUCCAGAUUACCCACAAAACAACCGAGGGACGCGAGUGCUGCUGUACCGCCCCAGGAGGCCAAGAUACCUAGACAAGAAAGCCGGACCCUGGGAUCUUUGACAAACAAAAAUCAUCCUGCGAACCCAGUAGUGCCCGAAUUCAAUAAGGAUUUGCCACAGACAUUUAAUUUUUCACAGAAGCCUUUUGAAGCAUCUUCAACGCAACAGAGCCUUGUUCAAAAUAAAAGGUUGAAAAUGUAUGCUGGUUCCAGGAUGACCCGUGCUAAUAUGGAACAUUACAGGGCACUGAAAGUAGCUGAAGCAGAGCUGAGAGAUCAGGUGCAGCUCCUAGAAGUGGCCCAGCAUCAACUGCAGCAGAGUUUGAUGGAAAAAGAAGAUGAGAGAGAGAAGCUUCUGAGUAAGGCUGAGGAUCUGGAGUGUCAGAAGGAAGUUCUGAGCAAGAAGCUGCAGUUCUGCAUGGUUGUACUGGAGAGCAACCUGAUUGAUCCUAUUUCAGCCAAUAAAGUCGUUGAGAAUUUAGAGCAGAAGGAUAAAUGUCGAAGAGAGACCAUGGUGCAUGUGGAAAAUCUCCAAGAGGAACUGAAAAUGUUGAAAAUGGCUGAGAAGAGGGAGAAGUUGCAGGAGCUGAGGAGGAUGUGGCAAACGGUGAAAGAAGAGAGUGAGGAAAUGAUGCAAGACAGUGACUUAUUCCAGAAAGAGCUGGAUGAAUGGAGGCAGCUGGUGGAAGAAUCUAAGCAACUCGUGGAGGUGGAGCAGUCUGAACUAAACUAAAUGCUUUAAACUGUAUAUAAGGUGUAAAUACGUGGACCGGACAUGGGAGAAAUAACCUUCUUACUCUUCAUGGUGAGAAAAAUUGUGUACUUCGAUUCUGAUUAUCUUCACCAAGAAGAAAUAAAAUGGGCUAUUCACUGUAAUAUUGCACCAUGAUUGAAUAAUAAUGUUUGUAACUCCUAUCUUUAAUUCAAAUCUCUUAAUUAGCUCUUUCUCCCACCAUUUUGUUUUAUUCACGUUGUAUUUGGAAAAUAAAUGGCAAUACCAACCUGGUGCUUCAGAGCCUUCUGUAACUAUUGUAGAUGCAGGUUAUAAUAAUAAUUCUUACAUUUGAUAUAGCACCUUAU